ACAGAGCCAGAGAGGGAAAGACAACGUCAGAGCUGUGAACCAUUUAUGUUCGUAGAUGGUGGUUACAAGCAUCUCGUCUCACUUACAUCAGGUAAAUAUAUUUUUUCAAAUUAAAUGUAUUUUAUUCUAUUUCAUAUUUAUUAUUACAUUGGUGUUUCCUUGUAAGCUAAUUCAAAGUUGAUUAUUGUGCACACUGGUCUUGAAGAGUGAUAAUGAAUGUUGUACUGUGAUGAGCUACUGAGGUCAAACUAAAAACUAAUAAUAGCAGCUUGCCAAUCCUUUAAAACAGAUUAUGUCAGCUCAGCAUUUGACUGAAUAUGAUUUAUGAUGUUCAUCUUUGAGAAAAAUGUGUAUUUGUAAGUGAUUCUCUCUAAUUUGUCGUGUCAUGUAUAAAAACAUAUUGAUUACUGAGGCUUUUUCAGUCCAAAAAUAAUAAAAUCCAGAGCUCUGGUUAUGUAUGAGAUGCCUUUUCCAGACUCUGUUAGGAAACUGCAUAUAUGACAGUAUUUCAGGCUUAAGGUAAGGCUCUAAAGCACAACUUGUUUAUAGAAUGCAUAUGAUGAAGUGUAUCAUUUAGUGUAACAAAGUAGAUUUAUGUGUGUCCAGGCUCUGCUAUGACUGUGGAUGUGAGCCUAUGUGACUGUUCAUAUGGCUAUCCAUGCAAAGACAAGCGCUGGAGCUCUGAUGGAAUACAUCAGAGCCCCCAGGGCGAGGUACACAAUAGUAGGAGAAGCUAUACGUUACGUCAUUCCUGGACAUAUGCAAUGCUCAAUCGGAUGUGGAGGUCAAGCCUGCAAGUAUGACAACCCAAAUUACUGGAGUGAUAACCUACAGGCUAUAAAAGGCCUCUACUCAUCCUGGGUUUCUGAUCAUCUCCUCGCUAUGUCCCGACCCUCAACAGAAAUCAUUGAGAAGUAUAACAUCAUUGAUCAAUUCAAAAGGAAUGGUAUUAAAACAGUGAUCAACCUACAGAUACCUGGUGAACACGCCAGCUGCGGAAACCCUCUGGAGCCAGAGAGCGGCUUCUCAUACCGCCCAGAGGUCUUCAUGGAAAACAACAUUUAUUACUACAAUUUUGGCUGGAGUGACUACGGAGUGGCAAACCUCACCACUGUGCUGGACAUGGUGAAGGUCAUGGCCUUCGCUCUGCAGGAGGGAAAGAUAGCAGUUCACUGUCACGCUGGUCUCGGCAGAACAGGUGUGCUUUUAGCAUGUUUCUUGGCCUUUGCUACCAGGAUGACUGCUAACCAGUCUAUUCUAUAUGUACGUGCUAAACGCCCCAAUUCCAUCCAGACCCGAGGUCAGCUGCGUUGUGUGAGAGAUUUUGUCCAGUUCCUCGCCCCUUUGAGGAGUGUGUUUUCCUGCGCUGAGCCUCGAUUCAACCAAGUCACCCUGUCCCAGUACCUGAACCGCCAGAGACACAUACUGCAUGGCUAUGAGCGGAAGGAGCUGAUGUACCUACCAAAGAUCGUCCAGCUAGUGUCUCGGCUGCUAUUUGACAUAGCAGAGAAUCGACAAGUGAUUGAGGAAGACAUUCUGGAGGCUCCCGAUAUUCACGACAUAGAGAUGACUCUCAGCGUCAUUGAGAAGAUGGGCCCUGAGUUAUUUACAAAGGAGCCCCGCUUGCCAGGGGUGCCCACAUUACCCAGACAUUUCCACGAGCCAGCCAUCUUCUACCAUCGCAAAAGUCUGAGCUACAGUGAGUCCGACUUGAGGCGACUGGGCUCACAGCUCAACCUCCUCACACAACCUCUGGGCUCCAUGUCACAGAGUAAUGUUGACGUGUCCCCAUCCGAGGACACUCACCAUGCAACCCAGCAUCAAGGCUGGAAUUGCAACAAGUCUGCUGUUCCACGCAGCCCGACAGGCUCACUCUGGCAGAUCAAGGAUGUAGAAAACCAAAAAGGUGGAUCCAUUCUGAUGAGGAAAGUGAUGCAGAGAACAUUCCAACGUAGUGAGUCUGUGGGAAACAGUGACUCUUCCAAAUACGGCAGCAUGUUGUCAAGGUGGAAGACAGAGCAGCGGGAAGAGUCAGUAAAGAAUGUGAUGAAGCCUCAAAGUACAGAUGAGGAGCACUCAGAGGUGCCCUUCAUCACCCUGCAGACAGAGCUGUCCCUGGAAGCCAGGAGGUUGCUAGUGGCCCAGUCCCUGGCAGUGGACCUUUUUCUUGUUGGGGAAGAUGAGCACAAGAGCAAAGUCUUGGCCUGGCAGGCAGAACUGAACCAAGGCGGUGGCUGGGAAAGGCUGUGUAUGGAGCGCGAUCCCUUCAUCCUCACUGGGCUCAUGUGGGCAUGGCUGGAGCAGCUCAAAGAGCCCGUCAUCUCCAUCGAGGAAGCCAAAGCCCUGAACCCCUACAACAGUGACGCUCAAACUGUCCUCAACACACUUGACCAGGCCCCUAAACAAACAUUAACGUGCAUACUAGAUUGUAUGGCUCACAUGCUGGCGAUACCAGAAGAGGUUGAAAAUGCGUUUCUGAAUCGUACAAUUAGGGCUUUCACCUGGAUGGAAAAUAACUCAGAGGAUAGAAGCAAAGUGUACGAGUCCAUGACUACAGCCCUACGGUGUGUACUUGAGGACAUGAGAUAUAUGGCCAUCGAAGCAGAUGAGACGCCAUCAUCUUCCUGCCCUCAAACAUAGGUAUUACCAGUCAUGUAUACUGCCUGUACCUCCAUGUGGAGGCAUGAGAGAGGAAAGGAUGCUUUU